UUUUUUUUUGUGGAGCAGUUAUUAAUUGUGUCACUUGUUUUUCAAAAUGUCAAAUAUAACAGUUAUUCUGGCAACACUACAGUGACGUCACAGUAUUAAUGGUCACUAACAUUUGUUAACUGACGGUCAAGUUAAAUCUGUCACUACUUGGAAGUGUCGCGAGCUUGUUAAUGUUAUCUAAACGGCUGUAGCGCUGCAGCGGCCUUCCUGCGGCUGUUGAAGCAGAUGCUACCGUCAUUGUUACACUAAAAACAGCGUGGCUUUCCGAUAUAUUUGCUUAUCUUACCCACACUUUAGUAUUGUAAUGAGUGAUAUCUUACAUCUUCUCAACUUGGCUUAUUUAAAUUUCUGUAACCAGUUUAACGGUUACGCUAAACAUGGGUUCCACUGUAAUGGUAGCUAGCUAGCUGUUGCUGUUAUUGCACUCUGAUUGUUUUUAUUGUGAUGACUAUCAGCUAGCGUUAGUCUGCCGUGGUCAGGUUUAGUAUGCUAAGCAUGUAUUUAAACUCUGUUAUCCAAGUGCUCUGUUCUGGUGAUGUGGUUGUAACGCUGCGGUGUGUUUUUUUUGUAUCGUGCUCAGGGCUCCCGUAUAAAACGCCGCAGCAACCGGACCAGACAGUGCAGUGUGACCACUUGCGACUCUCUCUGAAACGACUUUCUGUUUUUGGAGAAGUGUAAAUUGGUAUAACCAAAAAAAAACACUGCCGCCGCAUAUCCGUCAAAAACACCCCCCAUCCAAAAUCGAAGCAAAUAUGGUGCAAAAUAAGAUCGCCGAAGUCACUGGAUUCCACCGCUCUUUCAAGGGCCAAAAUCCCUUUGAAUCUGACGACUUCACCAAAAAUGGAUCCCAUCUUAUGGAUUCAUUUAAUUUUGAUCCAAGACAUGACAUGCCCUCCAGCCAGCCUAUCGACAUCCCCGAUGCCAAGAAGAGAAACAAGAAGAAAAAGCGUUGCAGGGCAACGGACAGUUUCUCUGGACGAUUCGAGGAUGUCUACAGGCUGCAUGAAGAGUUACUAGGCGAGGGGGCUUAUGCCAGAGUGCAAACAUGCUUCAACCUCAUGACCAACAAAGAGUAUGCUGUCAAGAUCAUAGAGAAGAGACCGGGUCACAGCCGUAGCCGUGUCUUCCGUGAGGUUGAGAUGCUCUAUCAGUGCCAGGGCCACAGUAAUAUCCUGGAGCUGGUGGAGUUCUUUGAAGAGGAAGACAAAUUCUACCUGGUGUUUGAAAAGCUUCGAGGAGGGUCGAUCUUGGCACAUAUUCACAAGAGACGACACUUCAGUGAGCAGGAAUCCAGUGUGGUUGUGCAGGACAUCGCCAGCGCUCUAGAUUUCCUGCAUAACAAGGGAAUGGCACAUAGAGACCUGAAACCUGAAAACAUUCUCUGUAAGAGUGCAGACAAGAUUUCCCCGGUCAAGAUCUGUGACUUUGACCUGGGCAGUGGGAUCAAGCUGAACAGCGACAGCUCACCCAUCUCCACCCCCGAGCUCCUCACUCCGUGUGGCUCAGCAGAGUACAUGGCGCCUGAGGUGGUGGAGGCCUUCAGUGAGGAGGCCACAAUUUACGACAAGCGCUGUGACCUGUGGAGCCUCGGAGUCAUCCUCUACAUCAUGCUCAGUGGCUAUCCACCCUUUGUGGGCCGCUGUGGAGGGGGCUGUGGCUGGGAAUUAGGAGAGCCCUGCCACACCUGCCAGAACACACUGUUUGAGAGUAUCCAGGAAGGAAAAUACGAGUUUCCGGAGAAAGACUGGGCUCACAUCUCCUCAAGUGCCAAAGACCUAAUAUCCAAACUUCUGGUUCGGGAUGCCAAAAACCGCCUGAGUGCCAGCCAGGUGCUGCAGCACCCCUGGGUCCAGGGGGGUGCACUUGACACUUUAUCAACAUCCUUCGUGCAUCAAAGAACCAGCCAUGCCAGGGAUCUGACAUUCUUUGCUGACAAGGCCAUGGCUGUGAACCGGCAGCUGGCUGAACAAGACGGCAUAGAAGACCAGCAGCAGCAGGACGUCCAGUUUGUUGUCACCGCUUCUGGCUCCUCUAUGCGCCUCUCUCUCCUUUCCAACUCCAAGCUGGCCAGGCGCAGGGAGCAACACAGCCAGCUCAAGGAAGGGCCCGUCUCUGCUGCAGAGCUCCGUCAGCUCUUGGCUCCUCUCGUUAUUGUGGGAGACUGUGCCUGAAGUUCCUCAAUCGUGACCUCCGACCUUCCGUUAAGAUUCAAGUCCAGAUCUAAGACUACCCUGAGACUCUUUCUCCCCAAUCCUGGCCCCCCUCUCUAGCUGGCCUUGGUUCCUCUGCCAUUCAGGCUCUCUUGCCUCGCUGUAAAGGGAGAUGCUGCUUGCAGCCCUUCUUCUAAAUGCCUUCUGCAGCACUUUUGAAGCACAUCAGCCCAGGGCCUGCAUAUAGCAAGCACACACACACACACACACGUGUGCAUGUGAAGGUUGGGGAGGAGGGCCAGUUCAUGAUUUGGGAGAGAGAAGAGUUUAAGUUAUUUUUUUUUUUUUCAUAAAACUCAGUUCAGGAGACUUAUCUUCGAAACUAAGCUCAGACACCAAAGGACAACCUGUUGUGCUGCUCCCAUGUUACAACUGGAUCCACUGUGAAUUACAUUAUCUGGAAUGUUUUCUUUGCCUGUAUGUGUAUGCAAUGUCCCAUCUGCACAUAGGUACAAGCUUAUAUGCAAUAUGCCGAGAUGAAGGCUGUUCCUGUCUCGAAAGGGAUCCGGAAUAAGGGGUUGGGAGGGCUGUAAGCCAAUGCUGUCCGUGCCUGGUGCGGUCCAUUAACAUGGCUGGGGACUUCAAAGCUUUCUGUCUCCGUUUAAGAUAAAUUCCUCAACGGGCUCUUUAAAUGUCUGAGGUAAAACACGCACUCAUCUAGCUUGGUGGCCACGCACUUAAUGCCCCGAGAGCAAAGUGUCUGUACCCGUUCAUACGGUUUAAAAACAUGAACAUGCAGGCCAAAUUAUCUGUGGCUACAUCUUUCAGUGUUUGAGACCAUCAGUCAAGUUCAAUGGUAUUGAAUGAAGCUAUUUUACUUGUAUGCACGGCCACCCCAAAACUAGACUUCUGAGCUAGCUCUGAAGUAUAUCUGCUAUGUUGGUACAAGUUUGAUGUUAAAUGGCAAGUGAAAUUGGGUCUGUUCAUGAAAUGUCCCCCUGCCACCACCAGAAGUUGUUUUUGUUCUAAUUUUUGUUUCUACAAAUCAAUUGAUGCAUUAGAUUUAACCUUGCAUAUUUUUGACAGUAAAGGUUAGAACUCCUUUCAGGGGUUUGAAAAGCUCAUUUUGGCCAAUGCGACUCAUGUGUAAUUUCUUGACCAUUUCUCCCCCCCCCUCCCCCCAAAAAAGGCUCACCAGUCUUUUUUUUGAGACACCCCUUUCUCAUUUACAAAAUAAGAUUUUUCAAAAAAGGAAACAUUCCACAAAAUGAAAAACUAAAAAAAGUCUUCCAGACAUGUAGCUGUACUAAGUUUACUUUAUUUUUCAGGUUUGAAAACUCCAUGUCAUUGUGCCACACUGAUUUUAUUUUUAUUGUAUGGCUGUUAAGCUCUUUAUUUUCUAUAUGAUUUUCAUGCAGAUUCAGGUGAAACACCGGAUGUUUUCCUUGUUUCUAAACUUUCAGAGUAUGUGGUGAUAUGGAAAGAGUUUAAGUUGAUCUGGAGCGUUCAUGCCCAGUGAAGGCAAGUCUUUAAGUUUCUUUUUAUGUGAGAGUUGGCAUUUUUUUUUUUUUUUUUUUUUUUUUUUAAUUCAGAUUAAGUUAAAGCUCAUUCUGUGAUGGACAGGAAAUGGACUGGUGAUGAGGUCUCACAGCACUGUAGCCAGUUCACCAAAGAGGGUUAAAGUCAUGAUGUUGAACAUGUGAUCGUCACCUAGCAGUGAGAAGUGGAGACUUCUGCUUGUCCAUGUCCUCUUACCAGCAAUGCAGCGACGGUACUCUGGAAACUGCUCUCUUGGUGUCAAUAUGCUGAUAAUGGGACACUAAUGGUUCUAAAAACCUUUCUACAGAUGCAUCGAUAUGGGGGUUUUAUGUCUUAUAAUAAGACUUACUUGAAUUUGUGUAUGCAGCUGUUUCUUCUCCAUUUGGGAAACUACUUUGCUAUCAGUAAUCUGAAAGCGCUAAGCUGGUGAUCAAGGCAAUCUUGGGGUUUUGAAAAUACCUAUACAGUUCAGUAUUCUGCCAUUUUCUCCCUGUUGAGCAGCACACAAGUUAGUCCCUACUUUCUCGAUAGGUUGGAUAAUCAAACGCACAGAUUUUGGCCGUACUCUGUAAUAUCCUGAAUGGUUUAUAAGAGUUUUCUUGGUCAUGGCCAUUUCUACGUUUGUUGAAUGGCAGUAGCUUUUUGGACUGCCUCUUAUUGGGGGGGGGGGGGAAACAACAGGACAAAGUUAUAUCUUUAAGCCUCGCAAUUUUUAUAUUGUACGUUUUGAAGUAAGGAAGUGUUAAAAUCCAUUCAUUCAAAUGGACAGCCCAUCAUCCACCUCCACGAUUUGAAUGUAGCCCACAGGCAAAAGCAUUUCCAAUCCAGCAACAUUGAUCAAAUGUUUUCUAAGUGGUUCAUUUCAUGAACAUGGUGUAGGGCCAUUCUGUCAAUUCUUUAUUUGUAAUGAGUGGAGAUUUUAACACUGUCCGAAUCACCCCAAUCCCAUUGUGUUCAUGGGAAGAAAUUUUAAAUACAUCAUUUUAAAUACAAAAAAUAUUUUUGAUUUAAAAUAAGCACUUUACUGUACCAUGUGAAUGAUUGCAGUUCACUCAAGGCAACAUUUGACAGUUGCUACCGAAUUUUUGUAUUGUUUUUCUACAAAAAAAAAAAAAUUGCAAUAAAAUGCUUGAAACUAAA